AUGAGUUCAUCAUCUCAACAUCUAACCAACUAUGCCGCUUUUACUCGCCCCGGGAAAGGCAUCAGCCAGAUUGGCCAUUUAGAUGCAAAAGCCGGCACAAUUCAACCACUCAGCCUCCUCUCCGGGUACCCCAUCAAGGAUCUCUACCAAGUCAUUGAAGCCAGCGCUUCGCAAAUAGUUGCCUCCGGCUCUGCUCUGCCUCUCUCAUCUGUCAAGCUCCUGGCACCUAUUGCGGGCCGCGAUGUAUUGGCCGUGGGCAAGAACUACAUGGAGCAUGCAAAAGAGUUCAACGCCUCGGGGUACGACAGCUCGGACAAGGUCGAUAAGCCAAGCCAUCCUGUCAUCUUCACCAAGCGCGCGACAUCCAUCAUUGCAGAUGGCGAAGACAUUUACUUGCACCCGGAGUUUUCAAAGAGCUUGGAUUAUGAAGGCGAGAUUGGAGUCAUUGUCGGCAAGACGGGGUUCCGGAUCCCUAAAGAAAAGGCCAUGGACUAUGUCUGGGGAUACACUGUUAUCAAUGACAUGACGGCCCGGGAGAGGCAACGAGACCACAAGCAGUUUUAUAUUGGAAAGUCUGCUGAUACAUUUUGUCCCAUGGGCCCUGUUGCAGUUCCAAAAGAAGACCUCCCUUCGGUGCUGCGUGUGCAAACGCAUGUCAACGGCGAGCUACGACAAGAUGCAACGACUGAUGACCUUAUUUUCGAUAUCCCAACUUUGAUAAACACGCUUUCUGAGGGACACACAUUAUUGCCUGGUGAUGUGAUUGCUACUGGCACGCCUGCCGGUGUCGGCAUUGGACGCAACCCGCCUCUCUUUCUCAAAGAGGGAGACGAAAUCACCGUCACCAUCCCAGGUAUUGGCACUCUUCGCAACAAGGUCACCACUGUGAACGCAACCACCGAUCGUCUCGCCUCCCAAUCUGCCUUUAGCCUUAGCAACGCAACACGUUCCCUGAACGGCACAGCAGCCGGACUUACCAUGAUCAAUGGCAAGUCGUUGAAUUAUAAAACAUUCGGUCGCCAAGACGAAGGCUCAGUUGUUUUCGUCCACGGUCUGGGCAGCUCAUCGGAGUAUUUCUUACCUUUCAUUUCAGACUAUGGACUCGAUAAAAUGGCAAACGUGCACCUAUUUGACUUUGAAGGCCAUGGCCUCAGCCCUACACACCCGAUGAGCGUCUUGACCGUAGACUCCUUGGUGGCAGAUCUUGCGGGCGUAUUCUCGCAUGCGGGACUCCACGAGUCCAACCCCGGGCUACUAAUUGCAACAUCCUAUGGCUGUAUCAUUGCCCUGAAGUUCGCUCUUCUCUACCCUCGAUGGGUGGGGAAGCUUGUACUGUUGUUUCCGCCUCCCUUCCCGCUCUCCGAAGCCUCUAGAGGAGUCUUGGAGAAACGUAGUGAACUCGUUCGCACUUUGGGCAUGGGAGCAGUGGUUGACGAUAUCAUAUCUGAGGCCACAACUAGCUGGUCAAGGAAAUCGAAACAUGUUGCGAUGGCGGCAGUUCGGCUCAGCUUGCUUGGCCAAGAGCCGGAAUCCUUUGCGAAGGCGUGUGAUGCAUUUGCUAAAGCUGAAGAAGCUCUCCCAUUGGAAAAUCUUGAUGUGGAAACAGUUAUUUUAUCAGGGGGCGGAGACUCACUCUGUACAAAGGAAGUGGCGGAGGGAUAUGCGCAGAAGAUAAAGGGAGCAAGUGUUAGUUGGGGUGAGGAGCUUGGCCAAUGGGCUGUUUUUGAGGAUGUGCGAGCAGUAACCGAACUCUUGAUGGAUGCUGGGCUAUGA